GGAGGAGGAGGAGGAAGGGACGAGAUUCGGCGACGCGGGAGGCGGCUGCGGCGAGGGUGCAUGGCGGCGGCGGAACGGCGGUGCCGGAUCGACGAGGAGGACGGCGGCGGCGGCGCCGCCGCCUACCGCUUGCAGAAAUUCAGGCUCUACGAGACUCGCUCGAAUUUCUACAUGAUUGGAAGGGACAAAAACAGGACUUUUUGGAGAGUGUUGAAAAUUGAUCGAUCAGAACCUUCCGAGCUAAACAUUCUUGAGGAUCCUACCACAUAUACGGAGUAUGAGUGUUGUGACCUGCUAAAACGGAUACAUGAAGGAAACGUUGCUAGUGGUGGCCUUAAGUUUGUGACUGCAUGCUAUGGAAUUAUUGGGUUCAUCAAGUUCUUGGGGCCCUUUUACAUGCUGAUUAUUACAAAGAGAAGGAAGAUUGGUGAUAUUUGUGGCCAUGCUAUAUAUUCAAUCAGCAAGAGCGACAUGAUUCCAAUCCCAAACUCUCAAGUGCAGACAAAUAUGGCUUUUUCUAAGAUUGAAAACAGAUACAAGAAGCUCCUGUGUGUGGUUGAUCUUACGAAGAACUUCUUCUUCAGCUACUCAUAUGAUGUUAUGCGUAGUCUUCAGAGGAACUUGUGUGAUCAUGAGUCUGGGCAGACCCUCUAUGAUAAAAUGUUUGUUUGGAAUGAAUAUCUGACACGUGGAAUUCGGAAUAACCUCAAGAAUACUUUGUGGACAGUUGCAUUAGUACAUGGGUUCUUUAAUCAGGUGAAGCUUUCUGUCUUGGGCAAGCAAUUCUGGUUCACCCUGAUCGCUAGACGCUCACGGCAUUAUGCUGGCACCAGAUACCUCAAAAGAGGGGUCAAUGAGAAAGGCAGAGUUGCUAAUGAUGUUGAGACAGAACAGAUUGUGAUUGAAGAUGCACCUGAAGGAUGCCCGGUGCAAAUCAGUUCUAUUGUGCAAAACCGGGGCUCAAUCCCUCUUUUCUGGUCACAAGAAACUUCACGAUUGAAUCUUAAACCUGAUAUAACACUAUCAAAGAGGGAUCCCAAUUAUGCAGCCACGAAACUUCACUUCGAAAAUCUGGUCAAAAGAUAUGGAAAUCCGAUAAUUAUACUAAACUUGAUCAAGACACAUGAAAACAAGCCUCGAGAAACUAUACUUCGUGCAGAAUUUGCAAAUGCUAUCAGAUGUAUCAACAAAACCUUAUCUGAAGAGAAUCGUUUGCGGUUUUUGCAUUGGGAUCUGCACAAGCACUUCAGAAGCAAGGCUACCAACGUAUUGGAACUUCUCACCAAAGUGGCUGUCUACGCAGUAAACUUGACUGGCAUUUUUUAUUGUAAAGUGUCUUCUAUUUCAAGGAUAGAGGGAUCACUGAUUUCAUCUUACUUUGGGAAUAGUGAUAGUUCUGACUGCAGUUCUCUGAAUUUCUCCAACAAUGGUGAUGAUGCUGAUAGCUUGGAAACAGAAAUCAGCAGCAGCAGCAGUUGCUCAAAAUUGAAGUUGUCAGUGUUUCAGAAGGGGGUUUUAAGGACCAAUUGUAUAGACUGUCUAGAUCGCACAAAUGUUGCCCAAUAUGCAUAUGGUUUAGUUGCUCUGGGAAGGCAGCUGCACUCAAUAGGAUAUAUAGAAUCUGAAAACAUUGAGUUAGAUGAUCCCUUGGCAGAGGAUUUGAUGAGGAUUUACGAGACAAUGGGUGACACACUUGCCCUGCAAUAUGGAGGUUCUGCUGCACAUAACAAGAUAUUUUCUGAGAGAAGAGGUCAGUGGAAAGCAGCUACGCAGUCCCAGGAGUUUCUUAGAACUCUUCAACGGUAUUACAGCAACGCGUAUGUAGAUGCCGAAAAACAGGAUGCCAUCAAUGUGUUUUUGGGAUAUUUUCAACCUCAACAAGGGAAGCCUGCUUUGUGGGAGCUGGAUUCAGAUCAGCAUCACACUGUUGGAAGGCACAGUGCUAACUGUACUCAAGAGACUCCUAGGUCAUUUAUCAAAAGAUCACUCUCUGAUGGUAAUAUUCUCCUGGAAACCAACACUCCGAUAGUGACCAAAAGUUCAGUUCAGAAUCAGCCACUAUCUGAGAUUGCAGAGGGGACUAGAAAAGGUCUUUCAGAGUCGACGUUCAACAUUUCGGCUUGUGAAAGUAACCUAUCUGAUGAAAGAUGUACACCUUCUAUGGAUGCUAUACAACUUUUUAAGGACGUAAAAGAGGAUGACUGUCCUGCAAGUAAUUACAUUUGCCUUGAUAAACAUGAGAAUGCAUGCAACUGUUCGAAUUUUCUGGACGUGGAUUGGCUUUCUUCAUCAGGAAAUUCUUUUGAGGAAGAAAUAUAUGAAAGGUCAUCCAUCACUGGCCUGCCACAGGAUAAUGAUGUCAAUGGACAAAAAUCAGCUUCAACCACAUCCGGAAGCAAGUCUUUAUCUGGAAGGAAGGAAAAGAAACAUGCCGGAACUCGCACAGAUUGUGGCAAGGCUCUAGCCGAAUAUUCCGAUGACUUUGUCCGUUGGGUUACUGAUGGGGAAAUGCUGUCCCUUUGAUCCCCGCUUUUUUACAAACUUGACAUUUACCAUAUUCAUCUGAUUCAGACCCGUCCGAAGGACCGGGUUUCUAACGCAAGCAAUAAAGCGGCGCCAAUCCUUCUCGAGAAGAAAAAGACGUCGCCUCAUGUAAAUACCAUGCAGCAUUAGUUAGAUUUUUCGGUCGUCUGCAGGAAAUAAAUGUCGCCAUCCUCACGUAGCUUCUUUUCUGCCCAUUCUUGUACAUAGUGCUGUCUAUUAUUUUGGAAUUUGGAGCUUCAGCUGAAAGUUGUACCUAGAGACUUGUAGGAUCAUUUUUGUAGUGUAGUAGGCCACUCAUCUAUUUCUCCCAAGGUGCUGAAGUGAUGUAAGAUGCUUUCCUGAAAAUUUUGCACAUUGGACAGUGAAGGUAUACAAAUUCUUGUCUAUAUUUCUCA